ACAGGGCCCUGAUCUCACUCCACCCCAUUAAAAAAAAAAAUCAAAAUUGAUUUAUCGUCAAAAUUGAUUGUCAGUUAGCAAAUUAAAGGAGAAAUCCCAAUCCAGCUAGGAGACAUGUGAUAAUCAAUCACCAGCAAGAUGUGUAUACCUCUUUUUAAGUGAUGAAUAUCAGCUGUGGUAGAAACUCAGACCACUAUACUCAGGCCAGUAUUGUUUUAGCAAGGAUUUUCAGAGGGUGGGAGAAUUAUGGCAGUUUUAAAUUCUGAAGUCAUACGUUUUACUCUUCUCUUAAGCCUUUGCAUGGCUUGUUUAUGCCAUAAGGAAAAUCUGCAGGAACGUUUGUUUUUAAGUUCGCUGGGGCUGACAAGUCGACCCAAACCGGCAGCCCAGUUCCCGGUGCCUUCCUUGCUCUGGAAAAUCUUCAAGGGGACCAAAAUGCCAGAGUUCUCUGCUCAGGAUAAUGACCCCUGCACUGUGUCUGAGUUUGGAGUUCGAGGAAAUAUUGUGCGAUUUGUUCAAGAUCAAGGUGGGCUUUUCCGCUGGCUCCACCACCCUGUUGGAAAAAGUAUUGUUGUGGCACUCUGCAGGGAGGAUGCUCUCUGUGUCCAGUGAUCUCUGUCCAGGCUGUGUAGAGAAGCUUCUCUUCUUCAACGUAUCUGCACUGGAGACGGCUGAACAGCUGACAUUUGCCCAGUUGGAAAUAAGACUCCAGCAGGACUUCCACCCCCUGUCACCUCGUGCCAGGGAACAGGAGGUCUACAGCAUGUCCCUCUGGAAGGUUCUGAAGGCCACUCUGAAGGGCAUCUCCCCAGAAAUGACCCGGAAGCUCCUGCUGUCCCAGUCAAUCCGGCUGACCCCGGGGUCCAUCGCACUGAGCCUGACCGACGUGGUGAAGGCGUGGAGGAAACCCGGCCGGAACUACGGCCUGGUGCUAGCGCUGCGCCCAGACGCAACCGCCGCUGCUGCCACUCGCCUCACCCAGAACGUUGUGUCCCCGCAUCACGUCGGCGCGGCGUUCCCAGAGUUCCACGCCUCCCUCCCGGACUUUCGCGCCUCGCUGGUGGUGGUGUCCCUCAAUCCCCUGCAGUGCAGGUCCAGGCGGCGGAGGAGUGCGCUCUACCUCCCCGUGACGCCCAGCAACGUGUGCAAACCCCGUCGGCUCUACAUCGACUUCAAGGACGUGGGCUGGCAGGACUGGAUCAUCGCUCCCCAGGGGUACAUGGCCAAUUACUGCCACGGGGAGUGCCCCUUCCCCCUGAGCGAGAGCCUGAACGGGACCAACCAUGCCAUCCUACAGACCCUCGUCCACUCUUUGGACUCUGUGGGGACCCCCCAGCCCUGCUGCGUGCCCAUAAAACUCUCCCCCAUCUCAAUGCUGUAUUACGACAACAAUGACAAUGUGGUCCUGCGCCACUACGAGGACAUGAUUGUGGAUGAGUGUGGCUGUAGAUGAAGAACAUUGAAUGAAUGUCCAUUUUUAUCUCUACUGUUGUGUUAUAAAGAAAUAAACUUUGUCUUUUAAAAUGUAA